AUGGCACCAGUGCUCCGAGCAAGACAGAGUCUAUCCAAGGAUAAGUUCUCUAGUUAUUUUGGAAACCUCAGGAGCCAACCCUACAACGACGCCAACAAUUCUAGAGGUUCAAAUCCUCACAGCUUACGUUGCAUUGCGUGGAAUCCUCUGGGAACUCUGGUAGCAACAGGUUCAUCAGAGAAGGUUCUUAGAGUGUGGAACCCCGAGAAACCACAUGUGAAAUUCUCAACGGAGCUCAAAGGCCAUUCAGCAUCGAUUGAGAAAGUUGCAUUCAAUCCAACCAAAGAUGCAGAGCUCUGCAGCGUGAGUAGUGACGGUGUGGUCAAGUUCUGGGAUGUGCGGACGAAAGCAUGCUUCAACGAGGUCAAGGGGCUUGGAGACGCCUUCACUCUUGUCUGGGCACCAGACGGGAACUCACUUCUUGUCGGGAAUAAAGCAGACACCAUCUAUGUUCUCUCACCAACUCAAUCCACGCCUAUUAGCACUCAUCAACAGUCAGUGCAGACCAACCAGAUCGCAUUCUGUUGGAGCGGCGAGAAGAUCUUCGUGACCACAGCGGAGGGCCGCAUUCGGGUCUUGUCGUAUCCGGGUUUUGAACCUGUGCUGCAGAGCAAGCGUGGCGAUGAGACGAGCGAGUAUGAGCUGAACGGGCAUACAUCGUCGUGCCUGACAGCCGACCUACAACCCACCGGACGAUAUCUUGCGACGGGUGGUUCAGACUCAAUCAUUGCGCUGUGGGACACAAACGACUGGAUAUGCCAGAGGACGAUCACUAGGAUGGUUGGACCUGUCAAAAGCCUAAGCUUUACGUUUGAUGGCAGUUUUGUCGUGGGUGGUAGUGAUGAGGGGUCCGGGCUAGAGAUAUCACAUGUUGAGACCGGAGAGCACGUACACACAUUCAAGACGGCGGGGGCUUGUCCUGUAGUUGCUUGGGCUCCAACACGGUAUUGCCUUGCUUACAGUGAUCUAGGGAUCUUGAGGAUUGUAGGUGUUGACAUCGAUAGAAAGUAA